AUGUUUGUUCAUCUAGCUCAAAGGAUGGCAGAACGACUUGAAGAAAAUUCGGAACAAGGAGGUACGCUUCCAUCUGAGUUGUAUAUUGUGGAUGGCGCCCAGUUUGAUUUUGGCUUUAGUCGAACGGUAGAGCGCUUGCAGCUUUUGCAUUAUGACACAUUGCUGGAUGGCUACCUUGCAAAAUCACAUUAUGCUUUACGAAAAGCUCUUGCGAAGAUGACGCCUGUUGUCGAUGUGUACCAGGUUGUUUUGAAAUAUCGGCAGUGCUCACCCAGAACUAUCUUCCACAUAAAUUGGGCCAUGUCAGUCUGCAUUCUAUUGAACGCUGUGGCAAAUUUAAAAGAAAGAUGGAACAACCCCGGGUCGCUGUUUGGGGAAAUUGGAGAGGCUGAGAGGAGAUGCGUUGAGCAACUGAAAACAAGUUGUGUUUUAUUGGAAAAAUCAUCAGGCAUGUUUGAUUCGCAAGAGAUAGAGGCUGCUCGCUCCAUCUUAGAGUUGAGGUUCAACUCUAUUAUUGCUAGGAUAUGGGGCCUCGGGCUUUUAUAUGCUUCAGUCCUUAAAGUAAGGUCUUUGGAAGGCGGACUGAAAUGGGACCACGAGAUUGAGAGCCAUGAAGCAAUUCAAAUCAGUGAUCAAGUCGGAGGAAGCAGAGAAAAUAUGAUCGCAGGCACAGCAGAACCAUUUGCUAUGGCAUUGAGUCAGCUUGGAAUCAAGUUUCCUGAAAGACUAACAAGUCUUUUGGAGAUCUUCAUUAGGUGCACAGAUUUGAGGCUUGCAGACACAAGCUUUCGCCCUCCACUUCAACAUCUUGCUCUGGAGGUUCUCACACAUUGCAAAAAUGUUGUUGAAAACAAUCUUGUGCAGUUGAAGUGUUUUGGACGAUUGAACCCCGAAUUUGAGAAACAGCUCGAGCUGUUUACCAUAUGCGCACAGCGAUUUGAUUCUAUGAUUGCCGCGCCGUGGACAUCAACCGAUGUGGCCUUUGCUAAUGGCUGCGUCUAUGCCGUGGGCAGUAAAAUAAUAUCGGGCUUUUGUCAGGUGAUGAGAACGGCGAAAGAAAACCUUUCGAGGCGAAUUGAGAGGCAGGAGAGUCAUCACGGAGAGGAGAGACAGGCAGGAGAGGCAGGAGAGGCAGGGAUGGAAUUUUCGCCCAUGUACUCAGACAUGAGUGAAGGCACUUUCUUUGACUUGACUACGUCAACUGAAGCAUGGAAUAUGUGGCCUUAUCUUGGAGGAUUCGACCCGCUUCCCAACCCACUGGAGCUUUAUAACUGGAUCGAAGGCCAGAACACCAAUGUUGAUCCUGGGAGUAUCCCAUUUCUAUAA